AAAAAAACACUUGAUUGUGAAUAUUGUUUAUUGUGUUUAUCUUUCAGGUUUUUGUUGAAUAUUUCCAAUAACCAUGCAUUCAUCUAAAAUUAAGUAUUUUGCACUGUUCCUUGUUGUAGCAGCUGCAAUUCUACACCUGACGAACUACUUGAUUAUGAGCAAAACUGUUAUUAACACCAAAUAUGAUAGCGAACAGCAGAUUUUAAAGACGAUUAGGCAAAUUCAAGCUGGGCAAACCAACUUUUACCGAAAGGCUCAAUAUUUAGCGAGGGCGGGUGUGUGCCCUGAGCCUAACGUGAUCAACGACACCUUUGAGGCAUAUAAUACGGACCUGAAUAUAGUUGAUGAAACAGACAUUAACUUGUGGAGUAAAACCCCUAAUGAAGGACUCACUACUAUGUGUCCUUUGUAUCCGGAAAAUGUUGGUCCAAUCCCAGAAGUGACGAGUAUCGGCGAGCCGGCAGACUACCCCAAGAUGGCGAGUGACGUGUUCUUCGGAGGCGUGUACCGCCCGCACGACUGUGUGGCGCGGCAGACGGUCGCUGUUAUUGUGCCUUAUAUUUUCCGCGACCACAUGGAGCGUCUGGCCGCGUUUCUCUACUCGCUACACCCCGUGCUGGUGCAGCAGCAGCUCGAGUACCGCCUCUUCGUGGUCUACUCCAAUGGGUCAAGCAUAACCCGCCCUCCAAUGUCAGUGGGUAGACUCAUGAACAUAGGAGUCCAAGAGGCGAACCGCUACAGAGGAGGACCGUGGAACUGCUACAUAUUCCAUGACCCUGAGAUGUAUCCCCUGGACAGUCGCAACCUGUACCGGUGUUUGGAGGACGCGCCGCGGCAGCUGGUGUCCAGCGUUGUGCCGUUCACCUUCCAACUGCAUGGUGAUAAGUGGAUAAGGAGACAGAUAGAUGAUAAUGCUCCAGAGACUGAAGUGGGCUUUGGCGGCGUUCUUGCGAUGACAUUCGAGCAGUUCAAGAAAGUGAACGGAUUCACUAAUUCCAACACUUUUCUAAUUAAAAAGGAUACCAAUACGUCUCACUUCCCAGACAUGGUUAUUCGUCGAAGCAGGAAGGAUAUAUCAAAGUAUGCUUUUAUUGGCAAAAGUCUUCGUACGCCGGCUCCGUUUGCGUACAACAAAACAACGGACGAAGACGUAGCGGACGGGUUCUCUUCUUUAAAUUACACUUUGAAAUAUACAAAAGAAGUAUAUUUGUACACGUUGAUAAGCGUAGAUGAGUUUUAUGAGUACAACACCAAUGGGACACUUAUUAACUAUUAUUUUGUGUAACAAAAGAAAAAUAAAUUAUUUUUGGCAAUGAUAA